AUCUCGGUACCAGAAGCUCCGCCCUACUCCAGAUCUCGGUACCAGAAGCACCGCCAUUGCCCCACUGCGCAGGCCAUCGCACAUGGGAGUGAGAUUCCGUCGGAAAUCGUUAGUCUCACGCAGCCAUCAAUUCUCCAGUCUGGUCGCAGCUCUAUCGUCGUUAAGGAAAGAAGUAUCCACUCCUUCGUCUUUGGUGCAAUUAUAUGCCCAAAUUGGUUGUACUGAUGUAGCAAUUAGGCCGAUUGAAGAAAAUUGUCUGUCAUAUCCGGCUAUGCAUCGUUUCUCACUUUCUGAAUAUUGCAGACUUGUUGUGUUAAUGUUUUUCUUCAAAAAUUGAAUGGUGUGGUACUGAGAAGAACAAUAAACAUUAACAAUUUGGAUGUGGAGUGUGUAUUGUGGGCAAAAUUUAAAGACUUCCCUAGUCAAUGUUUGUUGCAAUUACAUAUAUUUUAUAUGGAGUAUUAGACAACUUAC